GUCGAAAUAUCCAGUAUAUGAUAAUUUGACGUGUGGAGAAUAAUAAAUGUGUAUUUAAUAUCUUAUAUUCAGUACUGCCCAGUACUGUCAGUAAUAACAGAAAAUGCCUUGUGUCAGUUUGAGUCCCUCGUUGAUAACCUUUUUGUCUAUAUUAUGGUUCGGGUGGUUUUAUUCUCAAUAAUAAUGAAUGGCUGGUACAAGUUUUCUAAGAGACAAUUUAUUUGUUUUAACUUUUUGAGACACUUGGAUUACACGCUUAAAUACGGUUUCAAUAUAAUCUCAAUGUGCCGAUUAGGUUAGAAGAUUUCUUUACAUUUUUCUAACAGACUUUAAGACAUUAUGGACAGUAGUACUGAUGAGGAUAGUGCUUUGAGCAGUGAGGAAGGGAGAUUGAAGACACCAGAUUCAUUCAAUAGUUACUCUCAGCAUCGCAAAUCAAGUAAAUUUGGCAAGGACUUUUGUUUCCCUGAGGAGUCAAACGCCAUAAUGCCUGCGUUCAAUAACGACGACUAUUAUAAUUUUUUAAAUGGCAAGAGGAGACUGGAAGAGUCCUCUUCUGAAGAUGACAACGAUCCGCAAUAUGAUAAAAUGAAUGAAGUAAAUCUUCCUAAAUUGGAAAAUACAGACAAUGUCAAAAGAAGUAGAUUGAGUAAUAAGGAGGAAAUUACUCACCAUGAUGUUGAUAAAGAAAAGCACGCCCAGGAAAUUCAGCCUGCGGGCAAUGUAUAUGCCGAAGCCCAAAACAACUUGAUUUCGGCAGAUUUGGGUAUAGCUCUGCAAAUAAUGGAGAAAAUGGGAUAUCAGCGAGGAAAAGGUCUAGGAAAGCACGGUCAAGGACUUGUUGAACCUAUAGCGGCAGCAACUCAGCGUGGUAGAAGAGGAUUUGGACAUCAUGUACCAGAACUUGAGAAGGCAUGUCUCUUGUGGGAUCCUCAAAAAGAGGUUAUUAAAGUUGAAGAAGAUAUGGACUGGUUGCGAUCUGUCCAGACGGAACCCGAUAGUUAUGAAAUAGACUCAGAUUGGGUAAUGUUUGCGCCGAAAAAAGACACUAUAGAAGGCGAAGUUCAUUUCUGCAAUCCCGAGAUUUUAGAGCAAAUACUUAAAUCGAAAACGAUAUUUGAUAAGUUAGACAAAAAUGAAAUGCGAAAAGCAAGAACUCGUUCAAAUCCUUAUGAAACAAUUCGAAGUGCCGGUUUUCUGAAUCGGGCUGCUGUCAAAAUGGCAAACAUAGACAAAGCGUGCGAUUUUAUGUUUACCAGACCUAAAGUUCCUAAUCAAAAUCCUCAUGAAUUGUUGUACUUUGCCGAUGUAUGCGCUGGUCCGGGUGGAUUUAGCGAAUACGUAUUAUCAAGGACAAAGUGGCAUGCAAAGGGAUUUGGAUUUACUUUGAAAGAAAAAAAUGAUUUCACUUUGGACGAGUUCUUUGCUGGACCUAGCGAAACGUUUCACCCUUAUUACGGACCUUUGGAUAAUGGAGAUGUGUAUGAGUUAGAAAAUCAAGAAGGAUUUAGAAACUUGAUAAUGAAACAUACACAAAAUAAGGGAGUUCAUUUUAUGAUGGCAGAUGGAGGGUUUUCUGUUGAGGGUCAAGAAAAUAUACAAGAGAUUUUGUCUAAACAACUAUAUUUAUGUCAAUGUCUGGUGGCAUUGAUGGUAGUUAGAAAAGGUGGACAUUUUGUGACAAAACUCUUCGACUUGUUCACGCCCUUUAGUGCCGGCCUUGUCUAUCUGAUGUACAGAUGCUUCAAUAGUAUUUGCAUUUUUAAACCUAAUAGUUCCAGACCGGCUAAUUCAGAACGUUAUUUAAUAUGUAAAAACAAGAGAGAGAAUACGGGGGCAGUAAUUGAGUACCUGAUGCAUAUUAAUCGGUUGCUUUCGACGGGAGAUGGUCUUAACGAUGUAACGCAAAUAGUGGCUCUCGAUGUUUUGGAAGGGGAUAAGGCGUUCAUUGAGUAUUUAAGAAAUUCAAACAACACUUUGGGAAGGAAACAGAUAAUAGGACUCUUGAAAAUUGCGGCUUUCUGCGAAAAUCCGAAAUUAACCGAACCGAAGCAGGGAGAUAUGCGAAAAGAAUGUUUAGAAUAUUGGGAAAUAUCAAGUAAAACUCGUGUUAGGCCGCAAAUGGUUAGACCGCAAGAUAAGAUAAACGAGAUGAUGAUGAACACUCGUUUGGAUUUUCUCGGAUCCGAAGCAAAAAAAGCAACAAAUGUCGAGAGUUUUAAGAGUAUUAUAAAUUCACCAUAUGACUGGUACUGCAUGCCAUGCACUUCCGGGCCUUUUAUCGAAGAGGAUAAAAUAGCAACAUUAUAUCUGGGUUUGGGAAAGAGAAAAGUUUUUCGUUACGUGAGAGGCCAGUGGCAUUCUGUUGGUGACGUAAAAUUAGAACUUCCCGAAAAUACUCUAGUAUAUGCGGAGUUGGUAUAUGAGUCAAAACGUAUGGGAAAAUCUUUUGUCAAAACACGAGCUUUGCAUAUCCUGGAUGCUUACAUGCUUGGCGGGGAAAAUGUAAGCAAACUAUAUAUUUCGAAUAGAUACAGACUUACAAAGAAAUUUUGUGAGGCGAUAAGGAAGCCGAUCCCGAAUGAUUAUGUUUGCGUGCGAGCGAGGGAUAGAUUUUUAGUAGGCGGUGAUAUAAAUAACAGAUUGCAAAUUUCACCACAAUAUAUGAGAAAUCCGGCGUUCGAGUUUUUCAGAAGCUAUUCUGAACGCGAAAACGAAGACGACAAAGGACAUUCAUAUAUUCCGUUUAAUAGCGUACUUUUCAUGAAAAGCAUUGUUCUUCCUUAUGGACGCUUUCGUAGUUACAGAACAAAGUGUUUCUUCAUUCAUAAUUACACUAAUGGACAUGGAGAUUAUGAAGUUAAAAAUGGAGACAUUAAUAGACCAGCCAAAGCCGAAGCAAGUUUUGAACAAGGAUUCAGAGAACGUAUUGUUUGGCAAUGGCCCUGUAAUAAUGAGGAAGUCAAUAUGGAAAGACUUACCACUAUGAUUCAGAUUUCAUUGAAAAAAAUAGCAGACAGUAUGAAAAAAGAAGAUGAAAAAAAAGAAAAGUUGAAACAAUUGAAAAAAUUGGGAAAAAUUGCUUAAAAUUUGAUUACAUUUUAUAUUCAUACUCACAUCAUUAUAGUCCAAUUUAUUAAAGUAAUUUUACUUAGUAGUCAUGAAACAUAAGUAAAUUUAAUAUAGCCAGCAUAUAUAUUGUCUCUAAUUUACUUAUGACUUAAGGUUUUUCUUUUUAAUGUGAUUUUUUAACUAAUACAGUUAUACCUUUCUAUUCUUGUCUUUUAUAUUUUUGCUCUCUCUCUCUCUGUACGUUUGACAAAAUUGUUUUCUAAAAUCUGAUUGUUAGCUAUAGCUAACUGAUUGAAGGAGGAUAGCAACAACAGAUAGCAUAGAGAGAAAGCUUGACUCGGCAAAAAUAAAGAGGUUCAACUGUAAUUCAGUUUUUACUGAUUUAGCAUAAUUUGUAUUGUGAAAAAAAUAUCUAUAUAAUGUAUGAUAUAGAUAUUUAGAUUUAGCUAUAUAAUAAAUAUCUUACACUAG